CUGCUUGUUUCUCUCAUGAUUUCUGAUCAGAUGAAAAACACAAUUUUCACAUUUCUGGCUUUGAUUGUUAGAACAAUGAUUUGCAACAGAGGAAAAAAAAAGGGAUAGAUUAAGAGACACGGUCUAUAACAUUUAGUUCUAGGUGUCUUUAGCAAAUGAUCUCUGACAACUAAAAUUAUCUAGACAUUAGUGACUUUAACAUCAUUGUUUUCUUCAUUUACAUACAAGUUAAAUACAUUAAAGGAAUAAAACAAACCUUUUUCAGAUAUAUUGACAAAAGUUAAAAGCACAAGAAAUUCCAAAUGGAUCAGUGUAUAUUUUCCAUGACAUUGUAGCUAAUAACCUACUUCUAUCCUUGCAGACUUUGAACGUUAGGAUUAUGGUUAGUGAAAUCUUGACAAACAAAUUGGAAUGACAGUUGCCCCUUAUAUUGCCUUAUUUAUUACAUUUUAUUGAAUGUUUGACAGUGUUGACAAAAAGUGGGGACAACUUUAAACCCUCAUGAAACAUGCACAAUUUGGUAUAAGAAUGAUUCAAUUAUACUGAUGGGGAUAACUGUUAAAUACAUUCCAUUAUUAAUCCCACAUAACAUCUAGGUUGGAAAAUAUUUUCAUUUUCAAAGCUAAUAGUAGUUACAAUUGCUGGAUGACACUUCCCAUUAGCCAUUAUGAUUUCAUAAUGUUCCAUCUUAAGUCAUCUUUUAACAAUGACUCAGCCCACUGACAAUAAAACUGGCUAUAUAACACUGCAACAAAGACACAAUACGAGAAAGACUAAAUGCUGAUGAAUCAGAGGACUCAAAGCAGGUUGAUGGAAAACUACACAUUCAACAGCUUUACACUCAAGCUGGAGGGGUUAAAUAUCUCUAAGGGCUCUGUCUACCCGGUGUUCCUCUUCUUUUUAUUUUCCUACAUUUUAAUAAUGUUCAUGAAUGCUGGCAUUGCAUUUCUGGUUUUCAUUGACAAGAACCUCCACCAGCCUAUGUAUCUUCUUUUUUGCAACCUGCCAGUCAAUGAUAUACUUGGAAAUUCGAUCAUGGUUCCUCGUUUGCUUUCAGAUAUGUUGCGGCCUCCCUCUGAGCUCCUCAUCAGUUAUCAUGAAUGUGUGGUUCAAGCUUUCACCACACACAUGUUUGGUGCCACUGCUCACACAGUGCUCAUGAUUAUGGCCUUUGACAGAUAUGUGGCCAUUUGUAAUCCCCUGCGCUAUUCUUCCAUAAUGACCAACAAAAUGGUGAUCAAGCUGACAGUUUCUGCCUGGGGAGUGGCCUUCAUUUUGGUCGGGAUUCUACUCGGUCUGACCAUACGGCUGAACCGAUGCAGGACUAUGAUCAUGAAUCCUUACUGUGACAAUGCCUCCUUGUUUAAGCUCUCCUGUGAGAAUGUGUUCAUUAAUAAUGUCUAUGGCCUCACUUUCACUGUAGUCCUGUUCACAGGUUCUAUAGGCAGCAUGGUUCUCACCUAUACUAAGAUUACAGUGGUCUGUCUGACCAGUAAGAACAAGUCUUUAAACAGUAAAGCCUUGAAGACCUGCAGCACUCACCUGGUUGUGUAUCUGAUCAUGCUGAUGAGUGGAUUUACUGUCAUUUUUCUGCAUCGCUUCCCCCAGUACUCAGACUACAGGAAACUUUCUGCCAUUCUUUUUCAUAUCGUCCCUUGCAGCCUAAACCCCAUUAUUUAUGGGGUGCAGUCAGCAGAAAUCUGCAGAUCAUUGUCAAAAUUAUUGCGAUACAAACCAGUAUGGCCAUUAUUCUGAGCUUUAAAGUUUGUGUGUAAACUUGCAAACAUUAACAGAAUGUAAAACAUCAUUAAAUGGAAAGUAAACAGCU